AGAGAGAGAGAGAGAGAGAGACCCCACAGGAAAGGAAAGGGUUAAUGAGUUUUUAAGGUUUCGAUCGAUGUCUCUUCUUCCACACGUCGCCAUGAACAAAUGAAUUCGCGGGGAAUUAAAUAUCAGUUUCACAAAGGAGAACGAGUCUUGUGCUUUGAACCAGACCCUACCAAGGCUAAAGUCUUGUAUGACGCUAAGGUUCUUGAUGUCUUGAUAGGUACAGAUGAACAUGGAAGGCGAGUACCAAAGUACCUGAUUCAUUUCAACGGCUGGAGCAGAAGCUGGGAUCGCUGGGCUGCAGAGGAUCAUGUCCUAAGGGACACRGAGGAAAACCGUAAAUUGCAACGUAAACUGGCUCGCAAAGCGCUGGGUCGCAUGAAGAAAAAAGGAUGGACGAAGAGGCGUCGUCGUCAGUCCGGUUCUAAAUCUUCUCUGAAGACACUCCCAAAGGAAGACGACAGUGAUGACGCUUGUUUGAUUUCAACUUCAGAGAGCAGUGAAGGGGACGACUCUGACCCCGAUUCUUCAAACAGUGGCGAMAGCACAUUCUCCGAGGACAUCAACAAAAUGAGGGUUGAGCCAGACACGAACAUGAAGAGAGAGUGUGAGGAGAAGAUUGUUCAUGUUGACAUCAACAUCCCUGAUGUCCUGAAGAAGAAACUGGAAGAUGACUGUUUUUACAUCAACAAGAGAAAAAAGCUCGUCAUGGUUCCCUGUCAGACAAACGUGGUGCACAUCCUCGAGUCCUACGUCAAACACUUCGCUCUGAACAAAGCCUUCAUGGCCAACGACAGGUACAGGCGGCAGCAGAACGCCWCGCAGAGCGGCAGUCCACAGCCGAUCCCUCCAGAGAAGAGUGAGGAGCUUUGUAARGAAAUGGUGGAUGGCCUGAGGAUCACCUUUGACUUCACCUUACCCAUGAUCCUCCUCUAUCCCUGUGAACAAGCUCAGUUUAAAAAGGUCAGCUCGUCCAGACUCUUCCUCGCCAUGAACGAUGGCUCUCCCUCCUCCAGCAACACUCAACGAGAACGCAGYCCRAGCCCGCCAGGCCACAACCCCCCCACCCCUCAGUCCACGGACAGCCAGCCAGCCCUGAGUGACACCUCUGYCACCACGCCCACCGCGCCGGCCCCCACUCCAAAGCGCCGGCGCCACCCGGACAUGGACUGCAUCUCGUACCAGUCUCAGUCCCUCAGACGCUCCACCAGGAACACAUCAGGAAGCGAACGGCCAGCUGAAGGAAGCAGCGGAGGUCAUCAGAGUGGAGGAAGCACCACGGCAUCACCACAGCUCAAACGGCGUUCGGUCGACACUUCAUCACAGCCCAAAUUCUUCCUCAACCUCGAUCGAAAAACUCCAGUCCACAGUGGCUCAUCUUCACCGUUACCUCUGACUCCGAACAAAGAGAGAAGUGGGCCCUUCUACGGCUUGGAGAGCCGGAGGAACAACGAGCUCAAUGAGGUUCUGAGCUGGAAGCUAACUCCUGAUAACUACCCUCUGAACGACCAGCCACCCCCGCCUUCUUACCUGUACGGAUCACAGCACCUGCUGCGGCUUUUUGUGAAGCUUCCUGAGAUUCUGGGAAAAAUGCUACUCCCUGAGAGGAAUCUUCGAGCCCUGAUCAAACAUCUGGAACUCUUUCUCAGGUUUCUGGCUGAGUUUCAUGAGGACUUUUUCCCAGAGUCUGCAUACGUGUCUGCAUCAGAAGCCCACUAUAGCAUGAAACAACCAAGGCCGGUUUAUUGAAGGAGACACGGRCACUUUGCUUUCUUUCUCAACAUGUUCCAUCACUCAAACCCCUUCAGCCUUUUCUGGCCAGUUAUCAGAGGAUUAAAACCCACCUUUCCUUUGAAUCGAAGCGCUGUUUUCUUCUUCACUGUGUUGCUUUUGCUUCUGCUAACAACCCUCUUAUGUUCCCCGUCCUGCAUGUGAGGCAGAACUGCUUUGCUUUAGUGUCCCACUCCCAAUACAUUUUGAUUGCUGACUUGUGUUUUUUGUUUUGUUUUUUCUUCUCAGCAGUAAAUUCUGGAGGAUACAGGUUGGGCCAACCCUUACUGUUCUUGCAUGUUUGUGUUAUAGGAUCAGACUGCUCUGACCUUGCUUUCCUUAGGAGCUACAGUUUUGGAGUAAAGAACAAAAAAGUGGACUCAGGAAAAAUCCCUGUGCUUUUUUUCUUCCUUCCUAAUUAAGUAGUUUCAGAUCCUCUGGAGGACACGUUAUGCCUGUUUGGAGGCUUUGACUUUUCGCACCUCUCAUGCAUAUUAUUGUUGCCAUUUCCCUUCCUGAUUUUCUCCAGAGAUGUAAAAAAAAUCUUCUGAAUGUGUGCCGUUUUAUUUUCUUGCUUUUUAUGCUUUCUAAUAAAUACCUUCCUGGUGAGCUGCGAUGGGUUCAUGUGAUAGUUAUAUAUGAUUCUGAGGCAACUUUUAAAGAUKUAUUAAAAACAUCUGGUUUACAUUUUAUGUGGGAUAAUAAAUUCAAAGAAAUAUAUGUAGAGACUUGUCAUCUUGGGAUGUAACAACAUGAUCGGAUUAUCCUGUGAAAAUGUAAAUAUCAGUCCAUGUAACUUUUGUUUUUCAAAAUCUACUCCAACAGUACCUCAUACUUUGUUGUACACGCUCUUGUGUGUUGUUAUUCUUUUCAGCCAUUUCUGCUGCAUUUUGGCCCCAUUUGUUAAAAUAAAAGUAGCUUUUCUAAA